UUAUCGAUUACUCAAUAAUUUUCUUCAGGUCUUCAAUUUCAUCAAUGGCAAGUGCAAGGCCUCCUUCAUGAUGAAGCGCAACCCACGUCGGGUGAACUGGACGGUGCUCUACCGUCGUAAGAACAAGAAGGGUUCCCAGGAAGAGAUUACCAAGAAGAGGACACGUAGGACCACCAAGUAUCAACGUGCCAUUGGUAGUGCCUCUCUUGCUGACAUCAUGGCCAAGAGGAACCAGAAGCCAGAGGCUAGGAAAGCCCAGCGUGAGCAAGCCAUCAAGGUUGCCAAAGAAAAAACGAAGGCAAAGAAGGCCCUCAAGAAGGCUGCAGCUCCACCCAAGGCGAGAGCAGGCACAAAAAGCAAGGCACAACAGAAGGUAAAAUCAGCAGCACCACGUGUUGGCGGAAAGCGAUGAGGACACUCUAGGGAGGGUGGCAUUAAAAAACUGUACAGAUUGCAGGAAUGAAUAAAUGAAUUCAUCUGCAAUGCA